AUGCAGUGUUCCGAGCAGAAUGUUUCGCACUCAUUCCGCUUCAGGCCGGAGGGUGGCAUUGUCGUCAAAUUGUUCAAGACUCGUCGAGGCAAAGUUUUAGCAGUUUCCCGUUUUCAGUGUCAGAGUCUUCUAGCUGCACUGGAGAAGCUGGAGAGCGAGGCAGGUCCGUCCCAGGUGGCCAGUUUGGAGCAGGAGAUCUCCCGGCUGACCGCCUGGUCCUCGGAGGUCACCGCCAGACGGCAGCAGGCCCAGGAGAAGCUCUCGGCUCUGGGCCAAGCCGUGGAGAGCAUCGGGGAGCGGACCUCCAGCAUCACGCGCGACAUGUCCGCCAAGGUGGCGGCGGUGCGCACUGACGUGCGGCGCAUGGGCGGCCUGGAGACGGACGUGGAGUCGCUGCUGAACCGCACGGGCGAGCUGGAGGAGGCGCUGGCCACCGCCGAGAGGACCAUGGUCAAGCGCAUGGCCGAGUUGCUGGCCGCCAGCAUCGACCGCGUGUCCAGCAUGAAGGGCGCCACCGAGAGGAACGCCCAGCGCCUGGACCAGCAACGCAAGCGUCUCCCCGAGCUGCAGGCCGCCGACAACAAGCUCUCCGAGCGAAUCCUGGCCCUGGAGAGCGGCCGGGCCCGCCUCAUGAGAACGGUGACGUUCGCAGGUGACCUGAAGCCCACCGUCUUCACCAUCCAGAGGGACUUCAAAGCCCUGGAGCCGCGGCUGGACGACCUGACCCUGCGGAUCGGUCAGCUGGCCGGGGACCUGAUGAAGAGCGAGAAAGACCUCGAGGAGUUGAGAGAGGGCCUGGCCAGCCUCGAUGUAACUCCAGAAGGAGUGACAACAACAGAGGUGUCGGCAGAACAGGAUGUGGCCACGUUGACCCCUGACCUCGCCGAGCCGCUCGGCCAGAUUGUCAGUCACACUGAGGGACAACCAAUCAGCAACAGCCUCCCAUCUGGAGAGCUGUGAACACUGGGUUCUCUGUCCGUAGUGCAGUUUUUUGAAGAAUGUAGCCUGCUGUAUGUGGUCAUUCAGGUGUGUUCAGGUAAUUCAUGAAGGGUGGCCAUGCUGACAUGUUAUUACUGAUGAAUUAGUGUGUUAUUAAAUGUGAACUUUGGUAAAUG